AGAGACCGGCCCACGUGUACUGUGUUGACUGUCAAAGUCUCCAGGUACUCAGUACCCGGAAGCCCUGCGUUCUGAGCUGAGUUCCCGCCCGUACGCCGGUGAGACCCCUGGCCAGCCUGCGAUACCGGAUCAUGAGCGCCGCGGGCAUACUGGCCUUUGCCCAGCAAGGCUGGGAGCAGGUGCUGGCCAAAGUGAAGUGGUCCGUGGUCUACCUGGACGCCGCCUGCGCCGAGAGCCUGCACUGGAGCUGCGGAUCCAGCCGGCUUCUGGAGGCGGUGAAGGGUCCUGCGUGUCACCUGCGGGAAUUUGAACCCCAGGCCAUUGGCGGGGGAGCCAAGCAGCCCCGGGCGGUUUUCGUUUUGAGCAGCCCGCUGAAAGGCCGGAUCGUAGACACUCUACAGGGCAUCAUUUGCCGCAGUCACUUUCAGCACUGUGUGGUGGUCACAGCCGUGAGCCACGCAGUCCACCUCACUGCUAACCACGUACCGGCCGCUGCAGCGGCCGAGCUCGAGGGGCAGCAGCCGGUGUUCGAACAGCUGGAGGAGAAGCUCUGUGAGUGGAUGGGCAACGAGAACUACACGGCCGAGGUGCUCCACGUCCCGUUGUUUCUCGCCCCUGCUGCCUCCCAUCUCGCUUUUACUCCAGCCUUCGCUACCCUCUUCCCACUGCUACCUCAGGAUGUCCACGCUCUUAACAGUGCCAGACCCGACAAGAGGAGGCUGAGCAGCUUGGGUGAGGUGGAUGCCACUGCCCUAACCCCAGAGCUGCUGCUGUACAUCAGAUGCCUCGUGUCAGGCCUCAGUUCUCUGUGUGAACAUCUAGGGGUACGAGAGGAGUGUUUCGCCGUGGGUCCCCUCAGUCGGGUCAUCGCUACAGAUCUGGCAAAUUAUGCCCCCGCUAAGAACAGGAAAAAGACUGCUACAGGCAGGGCUUCCGUGGUCUUUGUGGAUAGAACUCUGGAUCUUACAGGAGCGGUUGGACACCAUGGAGACAACUUAGUAGAGAAGAUCAUGUCAGUGCUUCCACAGCUUCCAGGCCACACCAUCGACGUGAUGGUCAACAUGGCAGAGCUCACUGCUGUCCAGGCUGUGGAGGAAAACCAGGACGUGAUUGCACCAGGCUGCCUUGCCCCAUCCAAUGAGGCCUCAGCCAAGGCCCUGUGGGAAGCCUUACUGAACUGCAAGCACAAAGAGGCAGUGAUGGAAGUUCGGAGACAUCUAGUGGAAGCAGCCAGCAGAGAGAACCUGCCCAUCAAGAUGAGUAUGGGAAGAGUGACUCCAGGGCAGCUCAUGUCCUAUAUUCAACUCUUCAAGAACAACCUCAGAGCUCUUACAACUCACUGUGGGCUUCUACAGCUUGGGAUGGCCACAGCUCAAACUCUGAAGCACCCACAGACUGCCAAGUGGGAUAACUUCCUGGCGUUUGAAAGGCUCCUUCUACAGAGCCUUGGGGAUUCAACCAUGGCUGGUGUGCUAAACCAGCUGCUGCCGAUGAUUAAGUCCUCAAGCCAGAGAACCAGUGACGACCUCAACCCUGAGGAACUGCUGAUCCUGCUUAUAUACAUUUACUCUGUCCCUGGUGACGUCACUCUGGACAGAGACCUGGGAGAAGUGGAAGAAAAGGUGAAGAAAGCAUUGGCCCAUGUCCUCUCUGAGGAGUCUGAGUUGUCCCCUUUGCUGCAGAAAAUCACAGGCUGUGACUCUGCAGUUGACCUGACGUUGUCAAAAUCCCAAAUUGCUGUGAAUGAUGUCUUCAUGGCUCUCCGGGAUAUCGCUGGAGCUAGGAAUCUCAUGAGACAGUUUAAGUCUGUAUAUGUUCCUGGAAAUAAUACCCAUCAGGCAUCCUAUAAGCCGCUGUUGAAGCAGGUUGUGGAGGAAAUAUUUAAUCCUGAGAAGUCAGAUCCUGUUGACAUUGAACAUAUAUCCUCAGGCCUCACUGAUCUCCUGAAAACUGGAUUCAGCAUGUUCAUGAAGGUGAGCCGGCCCCAUCCCAGUGACCAUCCCCUGUUGAUCCUCUUUGUGGUGGGCGGCGUCACAGUCGCUGAAGCCAAAAUGGUCAAAGACCUUGUAGCAUCUCUGAAGCCAGGAACCCAGGUGAUGGUGCUGUCCACAAGACUCCUGAAGCCGCUUAACAUUCCCGAGCUGCUCUUUGCAACUGACCGGCUACACCCAGACCUCGGCUUCUGACAUCUAGAGAAGAUAAGACCUGUUUGAGCUGGAAAUACCAAUGCCCAUCAGUCACCACUCCAGAUAUGCCUCCAAAGCCAGUGUCCCCAUUACUAAUUAUAGGUAUGACUUAAUUCUACAGGAGUGGUCUUCAUGACUGCAUGGAAGGCAGUUUGUUUGGACUGGACUGGGUCUUCAACAGCAAAAUAAAGACUUGCAUUCUCAUUCUUCUAAA